GUAGCUGAGUGCCAACAGCAUGAAGUGAUAAGGCAAAGCCAGAGUAUCCAAAACAAGAGCUGCCAUGGUGCCUCAAGACAUGGAGAUACUUUAAAACAGCAUGUCCUGAAACCUGGGAUCCUCUGUCCACCGGCCUACCUGUUCGUUGAUACCUGAAAGUACUUCCCUAAUCGCACUCGAUGACUGAUGAUGGAUACUCCCAGCCAUAUGAAUGUGUGUCAGUUUAUUAUGUGAAAUAAAUGACAUUGCAUCAUCUUAAAGAGAUUCUGGUUGGUAACAGUUGUGCCAACACAAGAAAAGAACCAUGACUUUAGUACUUGGUUCCCGAGCUGAUAUGACGUGUGUUCCAUUCUGGGUUGAUUUCACCCACUUCAUGAUUUGGGAUGCUAUCCCAUUUUUCUACUGCUCAGGUAUUCAACUGGAUGAGAACCUUGAACAGAUGCAACAGGGGACAAUGAUGCGCAAGGUCAAAUCUAAGAACUGGAAAAAACAACGGUUCUUCCUGUUGAAGGAUGACUGCAUGACUGUUUGGUACAAAUCCAAGAUGUCUGGCAAUGCCAAAUCUGCAUUCUCAGUGAGUGAUGUGGAGACGGUGCGUGAGGGGCACCAGUCAGAGGUACUGCAAAGUCUAGCUGAGGAAUUCCCAGCGGAGUGCUGUUUCACAGUUGUCUUCCAUGGGCGUCGUAACAACCUGGACCUAAUUGCUGGCUCAGCAGAGGAAGCUCAGUGUUGGAUCCAAGGCCUGCAGCGCCUUGUGGAGAUUGUCACUAACAUGGAUCAGAGGGAGAAGAUAGAUCAAUGGAUCUGUGACUGGUUCCAGAAAGCUGAUAAAGACAAGGAUGGACGCAUGAACUUCAAGGAGGUGCAGCACUUGCUUAGGAUGAUGAAUGUGGAUAUGAAUGAGGAUCAUGCCUACCGGCUAUUCCAGAUGGCUGACAAAUCUGAAACAGGAACACUAGAGGGAGAGGAGUUUGUGCUGUUCUACAAGGCACUGACUCAACGGGAUGAGGUGCUUGAAAUCUUCCAGGAGUACUCUGAAGAUGGCAAGAAGCUGACACUGUUGGAGUUUGUGGACUUCCUACAGCAAGAGCAGAUGGAGAGCAAUGGCACCGAUGAGCUUGCCAUGGAACUGAUUGACAGAUAUGAGCCAUCUGAGACAGCCAAAGCUCGCCAUGUUCUGAGCACGGACGGAUUCCUCAUGUAUCUGUGCUCGCCAGAUGGCUCCAUCUUCAACCCUGAGCACAGGAAGGUCUACCAGGAUAUGUCUCAGCCCCUCUGCCAUUAUUUUAUCUCCUCCUCUCACAACACAUACCUGAUGGAGGACCAGCUACGAGGACAGAGCAGCGUUGAGGGAUAUAUCAGGGCUCUGAAACGGGGCUGCCGCUGUCUAGAGGUAGACUGUUGGGAUGGGUCUAAUGGGGAGCCCAUUGUCUACCAUGGCCAUACCUUCACCUCUAAGAUCCUUUUUCGGGAAGUUGUGACAACCCUUGAGAAAUAUGCAUUCCGGGCUUCUGAAUACCCUGUUAUCCUAUCUAUCGAAAACCACUGCAGUAUAGAGCAGCAGGACAUCAUGGCACAACAGCUGAAAGGAAUUCUGGGAGAGCAACUCCUCCUCAACACUAUUGAUGGGCGAGUCCCCAUGCAGCUACCUUCACCUGAGGAGCUGAAAGGAAAGAUUAUUCUGAAGGGGAAGAAGAUUGGUUACCUGGAGGAUUCUCUGAAUGAGCAGCCAGAUGAGAUGCCAGAGCAGGAAUAUGGUGAGGAGGAGGCGGUGGAGGAAGAGGAGGGAGCAGAUCCAGAGGAAGAAGCCCUGCGCAAUGAAGACAAGAGGAAAGAGAAGAAAACGAAGCAAUCUCUCUCCAAGGAGCUAUCCGACUGCAUCAUCUACUGCAAGAGUGUCCCGUUCUGCAGCUUCCAGCACUCUCGUAGCCACUACAAGCCUUAUGAAAUGUCCUCCUUUGCUGAAUCCAAAACCAGAAAGCUCAUCCGUGAGGCUGGGAAUGACUUUGUGCGCCAUAAUGCCUGGCAGUUGACACGCAUCUUUCCCAGUGGCCUGCGAACUGACUCCUCCAAUUACAACCCUCAGAUUAUGUGGAAUGUGGGAUGCCAGAUGGUGGCCUUGAAUUUUCAAACAGCUGGUACAGAGAUGGACCUGUAUGAUGGGCUCUUCAGCCAAAAUGGUGGCUGUGGUUAUGUGUUGAAGCCAAGCUUCAUGAGGGAGUCAGAAACAACUUUCAGUCCUGAGAACCCCCAAAGCAGCAGUGACAGAAGUCCACUGAACUUAGUCAUUAAGGUUAUUAGUGGGCAGCAGCUCCCCAAGAUGCCCAACAGCAAAGAAGGUUCCAUUGUAGAUCCUCUAGUGAGGGUGGAGAUCCAUGGAGUCCCAGGUGACAAUGCCAAGCAAGAGACGAAAUAUAUUGAUAACAAUGGAUUUAACCCACAAUGGGGUGAGAUCUUUCAGUUCCAAGUAUGGGUACCAGAGCUGUCACUUUUGCGCUUUGUGGUGGAGGAUUAUGACAAGGCAUCACGGAAUGAUUUUGUUGGGCAGUACACACUACCUCUUACUAGUGUCAAACCAGGAUACCGCCACAUCCACCUUCUUUCAAAGGAUGGUACAGGGAUCCCACCAGCCUCAAUCUUCGUCCACAUCCGCCUUGGGGAGUUGUCAACUGAGAGCAAGUGAAUCCCACUGCCACAUCUCAAAAUGUAUCUCCUCCCUCUCUCCAUCCCAUUGUAGUUUGAAGAAUGUGGGUGUCUGAACGAACCUCAUGGGAGGAUGCUAUAUCACACCAUCUCUCUCUGUUCCUAUGCAGAACUGGAGUGGACAGAAAUGCUAUUUUGCACUACUGGAAUACUUACUUUAAAAAAAAUAAUUUUGUAUAAUUUUGCUGCUAUAUUAUUUUUAUUAGUUAAAUUAUUCUUGUUUGCAUGGAGUCUAGCCCUAGGUCUGUCAAUCCAUAUGGUUCUGUAACAAAAUCUACCUCCAUUGUGUACAGGAGAUAGACCACUAGCAGCUUCACCUGGAUAUAGAACCUACCCCAAGGUGGAAUGAAUUUCCUUCAGUGUUGCCCAUCAGUCAUGCAGUUCCAAAGGGCAUUUUCCACCUGUCCUCUAGGCUAUCUAGAGAUAUCUUCUAGGCCUCAUAAGGGCAAGAAAGUAAGUCUGGCUGGCUGGCUGCUAUUUCUAAAGCUUGAUCAGACACUAAAAGAUUAUGCUGUACUUACGUUUGACAAUACCUGAAAGAAAAUGCACAGGACCUCAGCUGCAGCUUUUGUAGCAACAUCUUUGGAGAGAUUUCUCUUCACCGCCUCAACCCACUUCCUUUAUUCUUUUUUGGGGGGUUGGUGGGUUUUUUGUUUUGUUUUGUUUUUUGUUUGUUUGUUUUGUUUUGUUUUUUGGUCUUGUAGACCAGAAGAGACAGGAGAGAGAGAAAUAUUGGAUUGGUUCUUUUCCUUGCAAACUGCAGAUGAAAUUGGGAAGGUCUUGCUACAUUCCUUUCACUACAGAUGAAUAUACAGUUGUUUUCUUUGCCUCUUAUCCUACUAGUGAGCAGCUAACAGUGAAUUCACAUAUGCAUGCUGAGCAUGAUGCCAUACAUGUAGGAUACAAACAUUAUAUAUCCAAUGAUACCCACAAGUAACUAACAAUAUUUCUCCUGUAGAGACAGUUUACAUCUUCCGUUCAAAGUCAUUAAGUGAUAUCUGAUCUCUCUCUCUCUCUCUCUGUAUGUGCCUUCAAGUCGCCUGUUGACUUAUGGCAACUCCAAGAA